CCCGCCUGGACUGGGGCGCCUGCGCUCGGGAGGCCGCGUCACGCCACCCGCAGGCCCGGCCCCACCCUCCGAUCACGUGACCCUCGCCGUGUCUCGGCCGGAGGUGAGGGCGUCCGCGCAGGCUUUUAGGACUGUGCAUGCUGCCCCAGGCUGACAGACCCCCACCAUGAAUGUGAAGAGACCACCCUGCUCCUGCCCCCUGGUAGGGGUCUGUAUCCUCAUCUCCUUGGCCACAGCUGCCCUCCUGGGUCACAACCUGCUCCAUGACUUCUCACUGGUCCCCCAAGAGCUACGUGGCUCCUUUCAAAGACUAGAGGAAACUCACAGAGCUCACCAUAAGAGAGCUGAUGGACCAGGGCUCCGACACACCCAGGAGCACCCUGACCAGCUCAGAGAAGCAGCCAUACAGUGUGAUGUUCCCCCCAGUAGCCGCUUCGAUUGUGCCCCAGACAAGGGCAUCACCCAGGAGCAGUGUGAGGCCCGUGGCUGCUGCUAUGUCCCAGUGGGGCAGCUGCCAAAGGGCCCCCUGAACGGGCAGCCCUGGUGUUUCUUCCCUCCUGACUAUCCAAGCUACCGGCUGGAGAACUUGAGCUCCUCAGAGAUGGGUUACACAGCCACCCUGACCCGAGCCAGCCCUACCUUCUUCCCAAAGGAUGUGUUGACCUUACGGCUGGACGUGCUGAUGGAAACUGAGAGCCGCCUCCACUUCACGAUCAAAGAUCCCACUAACAAGCGCUACGAGGUGCCCCUGGAGACCCCGCGUGUCCUGAGCCGGCCAUCCUCCCCACUCUACAGUGUGGAGUUCUCAGAGGAGCCCUUUGGAGUGAUUGUGCGCAGGAAGCUAGAUGGCCGGGUGCUGCUGAACACAACUGUGGCCCCUCUGUUCUUCGCUGACCAGUUUCUGCAGCUGUCCACCUCUCUGCCCUCCCAGUACAUCACAGGCCUCGCUGAGCACCUGAGUCCACUCAUGCUCAGCACCGAAUGGACCCGGAUCACCCUCUGGAACCGGGACCUGGCCCCCUCGCCAGGUGCCAACCUCUAUGGGUCACAUCCUUUCUACCUGGCACUGGAGGAUGGUGGCUUGGCUCAUGGUGUCUUCCUGCUGAAUAGCAAUGCCAUGGACGUGGUCCUGCAGCCCAGGCCAGCCCUCACCUGGAGGUCAACAGGAGGGAUCCUGGAUGUGUAUGUGUUCCUGGGCCCAGAGCCCAAGAGUGUGGUGCAGCAGUACCAGGAUGUCGUGGGAUACCCCUUCAUGCCACCGUACUGGGGCCUGGGCUUCCACCUUUGCCGCUGGGGUUACUCCUCUACCACCAUCCUCCGUCAGGUGGUAGAGAACAUGACCAAGGCACGCUUCCCCCUGGAUGUGCAGUGGAAUGACCUGGACUACAUGGAUGCCCGCAGGGACUUUACCUUCAACAAGGAUGGCUUUGAGGACUUGCCAGCGUUUGUGCAAGACCUCCACCAGGGUGGCCGGCGGUACAUGAUGAUUGUGGACCCCGCCAUCAGCAGCUCAGGCCCUGCUGGGAGCUACAGGCCGUACGAUGAGGGUCUGCAGAGGGGCGUUUUCAUCACCAAUGAGACUGGGCAGCCACUGAUUGGAAAGGUGUGGCCAGGAUCCACCGCCUUCCCUGACUUCACCAACCCUGAGACCCUGGACUGGUGGCAGGACAUGGUGUCUGAGUUCCAUGCCCAGGUCCCCUUUGAUGGCAUGUGGAUCGACAUGAACGAACCAUCCAACUUCAUAAGGGGCUCUGAGCAGGGCUGCCCCAAUAACAAUCUGGAGAACCCACCCUAUGUGCCUGGGGUGGUGGGUGGGACCUUGCAGGCGGCCACCAUCUGUGCCUCCAGCCGCCAGUUCCUUUCCACACACUACAACCUCCACAACUUGUAUGGCCUGACCGAAGCUAUCGCCUCCAACAGGGCCCUGGUGAAAGCUCGGGGGACACGACCCUUUGUGAUCUCCCGUUCAACCUUUGCCAGCCAUGGCCGGUACGCUGGCCACUGGACGGGGGAUGUGUGGAGCAGCUGGGAACAGCUUUCAUACUCGGUGGCUGAAAUCCUGCAGUUUAACCUGCUGGGUGUGCCCCUGGUGGGGGCAGACAUCUGCGGCUUCCUGGGCAACACGUCAGAAGAGCUAUGUGUGCGCUGGACUCAACUGGGGAUCUUCUACCCCUUCAUGCGGAAUCACAAUGACCUACAUAGCAUGCCUCAGGAGCCAUACAGGUUCAGUGAGACGGCGCAGCAGGCUAUGAGGAAUGCCUUCGCCCUGCGUUACGCCCUACUGCCCUACCUCUACACACUCUUCCACAGAGCCCACGUCAACGGGGACACAGUGGCCCGGCCCCUCUUCCUAGAGUUCCCCGAGGAUCCCAGCACCUGGACUGUGGACCGCCAGCUCUUGUUGGGGCCGGCCCUACUUGUCACCCCCGUGCUUGAGCCCGGGAAAACUGAAGAGACGGGCUACUUCCCUGCUGGCACAUGGUACAACCUGCAAACCGUGCCAGUGGAGGCCUUUGGCAGCCUCCCACCUCUGCCCUCAGCAGCCUUCAGCUCUGCCAUCCACAGCAAGGGGCAGUGGGUGACACUCUCGACCCCACUGGACACCAUCAAUGUGAAUCUGCGGGCAGGGUACAUUGUGCCCCUGCAGGGUCCUGACCUCACAACCACAGAGUCACGAAAACAGCCCAUGGCUCUGGUUGUGGCCCUAACAACAAGUGGCGAGGCCCAUGGGGAGCUGUACUGGGACGAUGGGGAGAGCCUUGGGGUGCUGGAGCAGGGGGCCUAUACACAGGUCACCUUCCAAGCCAAGAACAACACCAUCACGAAUGAGUUGGUACAUGUGUCCAAAGAGGGGGCCAACCUGCAGCUGAGGAGUGUGUCCGUCGUAGGUGUGACCACAGCCCCCACCCAGGUCUUCUCCAACGGUAUCCCUGUCUCCAACUUCACCUACAGCCCUGACAGCAAGAUCCUGGCCAUCCCAGUCUCGCUGCUCAUGGGGGAGCAGUUUCGCAUCAGUUGGUCCUAGCAGACUAUGCCUGUGUUUACAAGCCCCCAGGGGCUGUGCACAGGCCAUGGGUGGUAGCGCCGUUGGGGACUGAGUGCUGGUCUCCUGGUGCUUUGAGUUUCCUCCACAGUUCUGCUGCUGCUAGUGCCCUGGAGGGCCAGUGUUGGGAAUGAGAGUGAGGGCUGCCUCACCUGCCUGUCACCCAGUGCAGUAGCUUCUGCUGACCGUGUCUGUCCCUGAAACCAGAGAGCUGGGCGCUCGGCAGUGAGAGGCUGUGUCUACACCACAGUGCAACCACCAUAACUAUGACCCUACAAAGGGCUAGAGCUUACAGUACCACCAGAUUCACAGGACUUGGAAAACUUACUGUAAAGUGCACUUACUUUUAAUAAAAAGAGCAUUCAGAACCA